AUGCUCAGCAAUGGCUCUUCCAUGGAGAACUGCAUGGUCCCCAGCUCGACCAACGUCACCUGCCGUCGAAUUGAGCUGUCUGCCAUGAUCUCCGUGUUUACCAUGACGGUGGGCAUGCUCUCCAACACACUGGCUCUGCUCAUCCUCAUCAAGGCUUACCGCCGCUUCCGCCUCAAGUCCAAAGCUUCCUUCCUGCUCUUCGCCAGCAGCUUGGUGGCAACCAACUUCUUGGGGCAUCUCAUCAAUGGCUCCCUGGCCCUCUAUGUGUACAGCCUCUGCAUGGACUGGAGAGCCAUUGACCCUCGCGGCAUCCUCUGUGGGUUCUUCGGGGCCUCCAUGGUCUUCUUUGGGCUCAGUGCCCUGCUGCUGGGCAGCGGCAUGGCGGUGGAGCGCUGCCUCGGUGUCACUCAGCCCCUCUUCCAUUCUGUGGUCCUUACCUCCUGUCAUGCCAAGAGGCUCUUGGGUUUUCUAUGGCUGCUGGCUGCCCUUGUGGCCCUGAUGCCUGUUGUGACCCGUCGUCCCUACCGCGUGCAAUAUUCACGGAGCUGGUGCUUCUACGAUGAAGGGCGAGCUAAGGACUGGUUGGAUCUCUUCCUGCCACUGCUCUUCUCAUCGGUGGGGCUGUUGGCACUCCUCGUGUCCAUCCUGUGCAACACGGUGACGGGAGCAACACUCCUGCGCUCCAAGCUGCUGGGCCAGAGGUGCUCCAAGGUCCACACAGCCUAUCACCAGGAGAUGAUCUGCCAGCUUCUGGCCAUUAUGUUGGUCUCCUGCAUCUGCUGGGGCCCAAUCUUGGUCAACGUGGUUGUCCGGAGUGCUGGGGCUCGGGGCCUGCAGGACUGCGGACACAUGCUUCUGGCUGUGCGCAUGGCCACCUGGAACCAGAUCCUGGACCCGUGGGUGUACAUCCUGCUGCGCAAGGCCGUCCUCAGGAAGCUGUUCCGCGUGGCCCGGAGGUGCUGCAGCCCGCUCUUCCCUUCGCUUUACAAGUGGGACCGCAGUACCGUGAAGGGCUCCGUGCGCAGCAGUACGUGCCGGAGCAGCGCCCCCCGGAGGCAGCCGCCGGGCGAGCAACGUACGGCUCGGCCUCCCGCGACAUGCUAG